AUGUGGUUGCAGAAAGGCAUCCCACAGGCCGCAGUAAACACCUAAUUUCUGUACCUGAAACCUGACGGCUGCGGAAAUCUUCUGAUGUUUUAAAUUCAGCUAAAUCGAGGAAAGAAGAUGGACUUAUUGGAAUCAGUAAAGCGAUUCUUGGAGGACGAAGAUGGAGAAAAUGAGUCCACAAUCGAUUCCUUGCCUGCGAAAUUCAUCGAGCCUAUUGUCGGGCAGGGGCUCAAGGUCGACCUGGUUGAGCGCGGCCGCCUUAUCUGCUCUCUGAAAGUUCCCCCGCGCCUUGUGGAUGACAGCAACAGAUUGCACGGCGGAGCCAUGGCGACGCUGCUUGACCUUCUGAGUUCGACGGUUUUUCACACUGUUGAAUUGGGGACUUUUCAUUCCGGGGUAUCCGUCGAGAUCAACAUUUCCUUUGUCGAUGUUGCUGUUCUUGGUGAGGAAAUCGAGAUAGAUUCGAAAGUAUUAAGCGUUGGGAAGAUGAUAUGUGUUGCGAGUGUGGAGUUGAGGAAGAAAGAGACGGGGAAGAUAAUUGCUCAAGGACGUCACACUAAAUACUUGGGCAUUGGCAGCAGUAAGCUUUGAACUUGUUCAACUAUUUGCUUUCUCCAUAACUCCAUUUUCCCCUAUUUUUAGCUGUUUAAUUUGGGUGAACUGGGCAGAAAGGGAUAUACAAAAAUUGUGGGAUUUGCAAGCCUGUGGUGUUGGAGAAAUAUAUAUACAGAAAUGUGGGAAUGAAAAUAGUAUGUAAGACCUGUUUAAUUAUGAUGAAACUAUGUUCAAAAAAAAAAAAUUAUGAUGAAACUUGUUCAUAUGCUCUUCAUGGGAGCACUCUAUUCACUCCUAUAACUCUAUAAGGAGUCAUUGAUGAACAGUUGAAUGAAGAGGAGAAACAUUGGACCA